UUUUUAAUUUCUCGAUAUGCUGGGCUGAUAUAUGUACGUUGCUAUGCAGUUGUUUGUUUACCUUUGAUAUGGAAACGUCAACUUACCGUAGAUUUUGAAAUUUUCCAAACCAUACGUCAAGUUUCUAAUUUUAUUCCUUUUCAUUGUAGAAGAUCAGAUUCAUUUCCAUUGAUUCAAACUCCUAAGCUAAGUGAAAUUUUCUAAGUUGAGUGAUUGUAGAUAGGCCAUUAGAAAAAUGUGUGUAACUCAAUCCGAACAUUUCUUAAAGUUUUUGCUUUGUUUUCCAUAUUGAGUUUGAAUCAAUUUUGCACAACUUUCUAGAACAAAGCCAGUUUUUUCAUGAACAAAAAUAUACUCAUCAAUUCUAUAAUAAUCAAAUACAUUUUAAAUUACCACUUUAACUUUUAUGAUUAUGAUUGAUUACUUUAAAGCAAUAAUUUUUUGUCACAACACUAUUUUUCUUUUAAAUUUUAAGAACGAAGGGAGUUUUUAUUACCUGAAACUCUUUUUUCUUGAAAUUAAAAAAAAAUGCAAUUAUUAAAUAAAAAUAAAACAAACAUUACAGAAUGAAAGACAAAAAUUCAAAAACAACGAGUUUAUUUAAUUAUUUUAGCAUAGAAGUAAAUUCCUGGAGCUUGCACACAACUCGCUCAUUCCUUCAAAACAGACGCACUGUUUCCGAAUCACCCCUCACGAUGAAAGCAAAACACACAGCCAACUUUGACAGUUCUCGCUGUCAGCCAGCGAAACCCUGUACCAAAACAAAACCUCCCCAAACAAACCCCGGGCUCAAUCGAUAUUUUCAUUUCCCACUUGGAGCGGAGCAGAUUUUGUUGGGACGUUUUCUGAUUCAAAAAUGCACCCAACAAUGCACAGUAAAUCAAUUAAAGCCAAAGAUUCGUCGCUGGUGUCCUACUACAUCAUGUGCUUCGUACGGAUAGCGAUGGUGUUCAUCCCCCAGGUCGGUUACAUCCAUCCGGACGAGUUCUUCCAGACGGUGGAGGUCGUCGCCGGGGAUGAAUACGGUCUAGACGUUCGGAGAACGUGGGAGUUUGAUAAAUCGUUCCCAAUACGUUCCAUGGUGAUUCCUUUCUUGGGACUGAAGAUUCCUUUUGGAGUGCUUCGAUUCGUUUCGAUGUACACGAGGUACUUCUUGGGAAUCAACCUCCGGGGAAGCUACGUAAUGCUUGUGUUCCCACGACUUAUCAUGGUGGCCCUGUCGUUCGUGAACGACUGGAGUCUGGCACAAAUCUGCAAAGCCUACGGACUUCAAAGUCAGUUCCGACUGCUCACCCUAGCUAGUUCCUACGUAAUGCUGGUCUACUCAAUUCGAACGUUCACCAACUCGAUCGAAAUGGCCCUCUGCUCGUUGCUCCUGUACAUCGUCAGCGAUUGCAUGAUCCACUCCAACACCGUCAUCUACCAGCAAGAGUUCCUCGAUGAAAAGUACCAGAAAGAAAAGAAGCUCGUCGAAAAGGUCAAGCUGUACAAACUACGCCAAUCACUGCCGUCCCACUCGCUCAACCGAUGCGUCCUCAUGUCCACCCUGUGCGUCGCCGGCGUUUUCAACCGGCCAACGUUCCUCCUCUUCGGACUCCCGCUGGUAUUUCACUGGCUACUCCGCGGACUCGGAACCAAAAAAGCAUCCCUGAAAGACUUCAACAUCCGAAUCUUCACCUUUGUCCUGUCCGGAAUCCCCGCCCUCCUGCUCUUCAUCCUAGGAGACUCAUUCUACUACGGAUACCUGACCAUGCCGGAAAUUGAGCAUCUGGAUGUGACCAUCAACAACUUUGUGGUGACGCCGCUGAACUUUGUCCGGUACAACAUCAAUCCGAACAAUACGGGAGCGCAUGGGACGCAUCCGUUCUAUCUGCACCUGGCGAUCAACGUUCCGCUGCUGUACAACGUGCUCGGCGUGAUUGCGCUGGCGUCGUUUGGGGUGAUGAUGUACAGGUUUGCCUCCAACGAGUACACCAACCUGCCGCGGGCGCAAUCCUUCGUAGGCCUCAUGAUCUGCGCCAUCUUCUUCCCGAUCGUGAUGCUGUCCUUCAUCAACCACCAGGAACCACGCUUCCUCAUCCCGAUCACACUUCCGCUGAUUCUGCUGCACGCCCCAAAGCUCAAAACCGGACUGUGUUCCAGCUAUCCGUUCAAGGAGCGAUCUCGACUAAAAGAGCUGUUGUACAACUAUGUGUUGUGCGCUCAAGCAAGUGCACGACCGUUGCUCCGUCUGUGGUACACGUUCAACAUUAUUCUGACGAUUUUCUACGGGUUCGUCCACCAAGCUGGCGUGUAUCAACUGGCCGCCCACAUGAGCCAACAACUGGCGGCCACUCCGUCCACGACGCAAACCUACCUAAUUACGAGCCACAUCUACGACAUGCCGUACUGCUUCCUGGACUUGCCUAGCACGAACAUCCUCGUGACGAACCCCCAAACGGGUCAGCGGUAUCGACGGAAGCGGACCUUCUUCCUCAGUGAAUACGGGAGUUUGCCGAUUGGUCAACUUUACACCAAAGUCAAGCUCACCAUGGACAUGUGCCGACUGCAGACGUACAACCACAAAACGUGCCACGUGUAUUUGGCGAUUCCUUCCAGUUUGUCCGAGGACCUGAACAACGAGUUCCAAGAGCACGUCCAACCGCAGCUCAUGAGCCACAAUCUAAUUAAGGUAUUUUACGCCCAUCUCUCUAUGGAGGCACCGCCAAAGCUGCUGGGGCAGCACCUCUGCGGGAUCAACACCGAUUUGGAGGACGCCGAGGACACAUGCUCGAUCUACGCCGAGGAGGACUCGCAGGAUUGGUUGACGCCGAGUCGGAUGCUGAAGCAGUUUUCGUCUCUAGCCCACCAAUUUGGACUGGCUUUGUACGAGAUCAAGGCCAAGGGAAGCAAACCAGUUUCGUAACAAGCAAGGAAUUCAGUGAUAUCGUGAAAAAAAUCUAGUCAAACAAAUUUUUUUAAUUGUCGUAUUUUCCUUUCGUGUAUUUGCUUGCUUAGUGUGAGUACCUUAAAAAAGCGCAUUCCUGAAUAAAACCUACUGACUUUUUGUAAAUAUUUAUAGCUAACUAAGGCAUUAUUUUUCAUAAUAAAAGCACAACUUAUUUUUAACUGCAAAUCGUA